AUGGAGGUGGUCCACAGGAGACCGCACUGCUGCAGGGAGCUGGAAGGAGCCGAUGCGCUGUCCAACACCUUUUACUCCAAUCAAGCGCACACCCCGUACCUAACAACCACUCGCCCAACUGCAUCCAAUGACAGAUAUCAGGAACUAAGGGACUCCCACCAUCGAUGUAAAUAUCCAUGGGGUAAUGACAGGGAAUAUGGUAGGAUAAUACCCCUUUCCCUACCUGAAGAACGCAAGUCAAAAUAUGCACCUCAUUAUGUCAAGGGACAUCAGCAUUAUGGAUAUGGUGGAGACCACUGGCAAAGAAAGCAUCCACUUGAACAAUGCUAUUACUUAACAAAGAACAAAAAAUGUGAUGCCUAUGAAAAUGAUUCCUUAUUACCCAAACCACCUAAUUCAACAGUAGAAGAAAUAUGCUCCCCAUAUCCAAUUGAACACCCCUACCAUACACACAUAUCCCGGGGUGCCAUGUUCCCGACCUUUACGUCACCUAAGGACCCGUACACUGGUGUGAAAGCCCGGAGCCGACUGCCAUUUCCUCCUACUAUACCAACCAAGCAUUACGAUACCAUGAAGAUCAUGAAGACACGAGGUAACCCUUACAGAUAUGAACAGAUUGAUUGUCCCACGGACUCAAAGAAGAGAGCCUUGACGUGGCCAGGUCAGAAUGUCUACUAUGAUCUUCCUAAAUGUUCUAUGAAAAGCAAGCCAAUAUUCUAUCCAAAACCUCCUAAAACUUUCGCUCCUAAUUCAACUUUAAACUCAUGGGAAUCUACUAACCCAACAAAAGAGGCCAACAUACAAAGGAACUUUGAGAAGUCCCACUGGAUCUCUUCACACAAUCAUGAUUAUACAGGUCUGGGCCCAAUGAGCCCCCUUGAGAUGGAUGAUUACAAUGACAAGGCAGUAGCAGAGUUAACAGGACAGACAGGAUUUGACCCCGAGCCUCAAGAAAAAUUCCAUCCCGCCUUAAAACCUGCUCGACCUUUGGAUGGACGAAUUGCCCGACUGUCGCAAAACCGGCGCUGCAGGGAACCGGCCGCUCUUCAGCAAAAAUUACCUCCCUGUCCAGAUUGUACCUCUAAUGUCCUGUGUACCUUCCACACUUUUAUCCCCCGUUCUGCAGAACUGAUGGCAUUGAGGAAUAGCAUGCCACUGGGUGUGGCCAAGAAAACCCAGGAUAUUGAAGACAAGAUUAAUGAAGAACAAACCUUGCUCUCUCCCUACACACACUCUCCUUACACAAGCAAAGAUGUGAAUAGAAUUUGUGGCAAAAAAACACUCCCCAAAAUUACAGAUACCAAACAGACGGAAGAUUUAUACUGGAGGCAGGUCUUACUCAGACCCCAAACUCUGUCCUAUGGUAACCCUGACCUAAAUUACAUUCCUUAUGACCAUUUUAAAUCUUCCUUACGAGACCAGUUUCCUACGUGCCAAAGCCUUGCUGCUAGCGCUAGUAAGUCUAGUAUUUCACAAAAUAAACUAGACUCAGAAGCUUUCAAUUUAGAGAAGUUUUUAAGUAAAUCAGAAGACCUAUCCACCAUGAACACGGAAAACUGUGAUGAUUCAGGAACUUAUCUGGGUUGGGUUCCGAGGGCCAGAGACUCGAAGCCUCAUAGGGAUCUGUUGAGCCUUAAGAAUUCUUUUUCAAAGACCAAUGCACAUAAACAAUUCCAUAAAUCUUACCUACAAGAUCAUAAAGACCUCAGGGACAAGGAGCAUUCCGGCAUGAAACAUCAAUUCUAUGGGCAUAAUUCUCAUUAUUUCUAUAACUGA